AGUCAAAGUCCCACCCGAAUAUUCAAUCAAACGCAAUAGCCACCCCCGCCCCGCCAAUUACGCAGUCUUGUCCGUGCUACUUUUCCCUCCAUCAAAAUUAAAACCCCACUUCACAUUCCCAUCGAGACACACAACACAAUGGAGAAAGAGGAGCAAGAAGGUGAAGACUACUUGUUCAAGAUUGUGUUAAUAGGUGACUCAGCGGUAGGAAAAUCAAAUCUACUGUCACGGUUUGCCAGGAACGAGUUUGAUAAUAAUUCAAAGGCGACCAUUGGAGUUGAGUUUCAGACGCAGCUGGUGGAGAUUGAUGGGAAAGAAGUGAAGGCACAGGUCUGGGACACUGCUGGUCAAGAGAGGUUCAGAGCUGUUACUUCUUCUUACUACAGAGGUGCUGUUGGUGCACUUGUUGUUUAUGAUAUUACUAGAAGGAGUAGCUUUGAUAGCAUUAAACGUUGGCUUGAAGAGCUCACUACUCAUUGUGACACUACUGUGGCAAGAAUGCUGGUAGGAAACAAGUGUGAUUUGGAGAAUAUAAGAGAUGUUAGCAUAGAGGAAGGCAAAAAGCUUGCUGAAGAAGAGGGUUUAUUCUUCAUGGAAACAUCUGCACUUGAGUCUACUAAUGUUCAAACGGCUUUUGAGAUUGUUAUCCGGGAAAUUUACAACAAUGUUAGUAAGAAAGUCAUAAACUCUGAUGCAUACAAAGCAGAGUUGCCUGGCGAACGAGUCACUCUGAUCAAGGAUGGGGCCAACUCAUCAAAGGAAAGUAUGAUGAGUUUCUCAUGCUGUACCAGAUGAGCUCUGUUCAUUUCACUUAAAAUGUUCCUACCAAGUUUUUCUUUUUCUAAUUUUGAUCAAAGUUUUCAUUUGGGUAAGAGCUAAAAUAUGAUUGUAUUUGUAUUUCUAAAGCCAAUUAUUCUAAAUGUCUGAUGAUUUUUUCUCUAAUACAAAGGACAGCCUUUUAAUAGAAAGGAUCUCACAGGUUGCACACUCAUGGGCAAUCAAUUAGCGUUA